AUGUGGGAGGAUUUAGAGCCAACAACACUCGGAGCCCUCCGAGAGGAUCCAAACCUACGUCGGAUCUUGCCCCUGCCUGUUUAUCCGGUGGGCCCAAUAGUGAGAUCAUUGGGCCCACCUUGUGACCAAUUACGUGUAGAGUGUGUGGCAUGGCUGGAUGAACAACCCGUGGAAUCGGUGAUUUACAUAUCGUUGGGGAGCGGUGGAACGCUGUCGGAGGAGCAACUCACUGAGUUGGCUUUAGGGUUGGAGCUGAGUGGGAAACGAUUUCUUUGGGUGGUGCGUCCACCGGUAGGGAAGGUUGGGGCUUUCUUCACCGCAUUGGGUGGAGGCCCAGACGGAAAUGAUGAGGUGUCAAGGUAUCUGCCGGACGGGUUCUUGACUCGGACCAGAGAGGUAGGGUUGGUGGUCCACAAGUGGGCCCUGCAGGUGGAGGUGUUGAGCCAUCCAUCGAUUGGAGGGUUCUUAUCACACUGUGGGUGGAAUUCAACGCUGGAAAGCAUACUCAACGGAGUGCCAAUGAUCGCGUGGCCGCUGUACGCAGAGCAGAUGAUGAAUGCGGCGAUGCUGGAGGAGGAAGUAGAGUGUGUAAGUAAGAACGAAGGAGUUGCCAACAAAGAGAGUGAUGGGAAGGGAAGAGAUAGAGAAGCUGGUGAGAUUGGUGAUGGUAAAGGAAGUGGAAGGGGAAGCACUGAGGAGAAAAAUGAAGGGAGUGAAGGAGAGUAG